GGUCGGCCGACGUUCAUUUCAUAUUCCAGCGCCGUGUUUCAGUCCAAAUGGGACGCACGGUCACGUCUCCGCCCUGCUCGGUCCCCGCGCGCCCAGCCUCUUCCCAGCGACUCGAGCCAGUACAAUGUUUUUUUCGGAGGAGACUCCGGGAGGGAAAGGAAGGCGAGAAGUGAAUGACUACUAGUGGAAUAACUCAGCCACACCGCCCAGUCGGCGGACAUCUACCACGGCGGGCACGUAUUCCGGCGUUUAAAUGUAGAGGCUGUAGGUGGAACCGAGUGCGCACCGUUAUUUAUUCAGAGAGGGGGACUUCUCGCUGGCACGGAUGGAAAGUGUGCAGGCUGCCGCUGAGGAUGGCGCGUCGGAUGGAGGCGCGACCAAGUUAAUGAAGAAGCCCAGCGGACUGUCUGUCGCCCGGGGGACUCCGGCGGAUGAUGGCGGUGGACGCUCGGCACCCUCCCGCGUAGAGGCGGCGAGGAACGGGAGCAGCCUCUCUCAUUCCGCCUCCACGGCGGGCUCCGGUGCGUCAAACCGAGCCGCGGCGGCCGCCAAUGGCCGGAGCUCAUCCAGCAACUCCAGCUCCCUCCUGUUGAGACGGAGGCGCUUGAAGAGGAACCUCUCCGCCGCAGCUGCGGCCACCUCAGCUGUCACCGCCGCCUGCGGCGCCAAGAUGAACUCGGCCCUGUCCUCUGCGUCUCUGCACACCCGGAGUCUGGACAGGAAGACCCUGCUCAAGCACCGGCAGAACAUGCAGCUGCAGCCCGCGGACCGGGAGUGGGUGCGAGCGGAUCUCCACCGGGGCUCCGUGCACGUCCACGACAGACUGACGCCCUCAUAUCCCAGGCCGGUCCUUUGCACUAUGGACACCACAGCCGGCGAGGUGGCGCUCAGACUGAGUAAACUCUGCAGCAAGUCCAGCUCCGUUAUGCGCAUUUUUUGUAAAGACAGCUCCAAGACGGACCAAAAUGGCAACUGCAAUGCGAAGUAUGAAUAUAGUCACAAUCCCUGCAAGGUGAAAGAAGAGUCUAGUAUAAAGUGUAACCACCUGACUCCCCUGGAAUCCGCAGAAUUAGGAACCCAUCCGAGUGACAGGUUGAGACUGCUGCUCAUGGAGGAUGCGGAUGACAGGCAAAAGCAACAGGACGUUGAUGGAAAACUUUUCACCCCGGAAUCAGAGUCGCAAGACAACAUCACCUGCUCGCUGUCGGACUUGAAUUCUAAUUCUAACAUCGACACCCCUAACGACGACGACUCGGAGCACAGGAACGGCGUGGACAGCUAUGGAUUAAAUUCUGGAUCAGAUGUGGAGAGCAGCGCGUUCGAUGACCUGAGCUCCGGGGCCCGGCUCAGCGAGCACAGGGACUCCCUCAGCGACGACAUGAUCCUGGGAACUGAGGCGUCCAUCCUCAGUCCCUCCUUUGACAGUGCCACAGAGGGCCACGACAUGUACGGGAGCUCCUCGGACGAGCUGGAGCUCGACUGUCCUGCGUCAGGCGCCGGCAUGGAGGCCCUAGUCCCGCACCACUCCAAUGGCAUCGCUGCUGUCACUGCCGGCUUCAAGCAGUGUGACAUGGGACAUUUAAACGACAUGGCAAACAAUGUGGGGCCAGAUAGCAUGCACGGAUCACACAGUCUGGGCAGCUUGCCACCCAGCAGUAGCGCCGGCUCAUUGUCAAGAGCCUGUUCCACAGGUAAUACCCCUGACAUCCAAGACCCGGACUGUGGCCAAGGUGCUUUAAAAUCAGAGCAGACGGCGCACCACAAUGGCGAUUCCUGUGACUCCAGCCCCACACUGUAUGUUCAGCUGCACGGUGAAGCUGUCAGGAGGCUUAGCCCAGAUGAGAGGCCUCUGCAGAUCCAGAAUGACUUUCUCUUUAAGCUUGGAUUUAAGGACCCAUGGAGAGUUCAAGAAGAAGGGCUUAACACAGAAAUUGGAUCCUUGUUGCGAUUUUAUGCAGGGAAGCCCCAGAGCAUCGAGAGCUUGGAGCGGGUCCAGCUGUCGGGAACCUACAACGUUCGGAAAGGGAAGCUCCAGCUGCCGGUCAACCGCUGGACCAGGCGGCAGGUCAUCCUGUGCGGCACCUGCCUCAUCGUGUCCUCCGUCAAGGAGAGCCAGACUGGGAAGAUGCACAUCCUGCCGCUCAUCGGAGGGAAAGUGGAGGAGGUGAAGAAGCACAAUCACUGCUUGGCCUUCAGCUCAGCGGGGCCUCAGAGUCAGACCUACUACGUCAGCUUCGACAGCUUCACGGAGCACCUGCGCUGGCACAGACACGCUGCCAAGAUGGUGUCCCAGAGGAUCAACUCUGUCGAUCUGUCCUGCUGCAGCCUGGAGCAGCUACCUCCAAACCUCUUCUACAGCCACGACCUCACCCACCUCAACCUCAAACACAACUUCCUGCCUGCAGACCAGCGGCUGCAGCAGCUGCAGAGGUUUUCUCGUCUGCGGAGCCUCAACCUGUCCAAUAACCAUCUGGGCCAGUUUCCCCCGGCGGUCUGUGACAUCCCCACCCUGACAGAAGUCAACCUCAGCUGUAACUACCUGGCCUCUGUCCCCGGCUCUGUGGGCGCGAUGACCAAUUUGCAGACUUUCCUGUUGGACGGAAACAGCUUAAGCGACCUCCCCAAUGAGCUGGGGUCCUUGCAGAGGCUCAGCUACCUGGGCCUCUCCUUCAAUCAGUUCAGCCACGUGCCGCAGGUGCUGGAGAGGCUGACCUCCAUGGAGAAGCUCUGCAUGGCCGGCAAUCACCUGGAAACGCUCACUCUGCAGAACUUCAGGCUGCUGCACGUCAAACACAUCGACUUGAGGUUGAAUAAGAUCUCCGUCAUGGUGCCGGACGAGCCGGACCUCCUGCGGCACGUGACCCAGCUGGACGUGAGGGACAACAGGCUGACGGAGCUGGACGCCUCGGUGUUCCCCAGGCUGGAGGUGCUGCACUGCGAGAGGAACCACAUCAGCAGCCUCAAGGCCAAGGGCUGCUUGCUCAAAGGCAUCUACGCCUCCAACAACGAGCUACGACAACUGGAUGUCAGUCCCGUGCCCUCCAAUCUCAGCUACAUGGACAUCUCCAGGAACCAUAUGGAGUCGCUGCCAGACUGGCUCUGUGAAGCUAAGAAACUGGAAGUCCUGGACGUGAGCCACAACCUCAUCGCCGAGCUCCCGGCACGGUUGUUCUGCAGCAACAGUCUGAGGAAGCUGGGUGCAGGACACAACCAGUUGCAGAAGCUGCCAGAAAGAGUGGAGCGCCCUCUGCUGGAGGUUCUGGACGUUCAGCACAAUCAGCUGGCGGAGCUGCCCUGCAACCUGUUCCUCAAAUCUGACAGCCUGCGAAGCGUCAACGCGUCGGCCAAUAAGCUGGAGCACCUGCCGCCAUCCAGCCUGUCAGAGGAGAGCCACAGCAUCCUGCAGGAGCUAUACCUGACCAACAACCGGCUCACAGACAAGUGUGUGCCCAUGCUGACCGGUCACACACACCUGAGAGUUCUGCACAUGGCCUACAACCACCUCCAGACCUUCCCAGCCAGUAAAAUGGCCAAGCUGGAGGAGCUGGAGGAGGUGGACCUGAGCGGAAACAUGCUGAAGACCGUCCCCACCACCAUCAUGAACUGCCGGCGGAUGCACACACUCAUCGCCCACUCCAACGCCAUCGAGGUCUUCCCGGAGGUCAUGCAGCUGAUGGAGAUGAAAUGCGUGGAUCUGAGCUGUAACGAGCUGAGUGAAAUCACUCUGCCGGAGAAUCUGCCUCCCAAGCUGCAGGAGCUGGACCUCACCGGGAACCCUCGCCUCAACCUGGACCACAAGACCCUGGAGCAGCUCAAUAAUAUUCGCUGCUUCCGCAUUGAUCCGCCUCCAACCUUCUCUUCAAAUGAGGCAUCUGGCGGGCCUGCUGUGUGGAGCCAUGGUUACACGGAGGCCUCGGGCGUCAAGAACAAACUGUGUGUGGCGGCGCUGUCGGUGAACAGCUUCUGUGGAAGCCGUGAAGCUCUGUACGGCGUGUUCGAUGGCGACCGGAACGUGGAAGUGCCGUACCUCCUGCAGUGCACCAUGAACGACGUGCUGGCUGAAGAACUGCACAAGACCAAGAGCGAGGAAGACUACAUGACCAACACCUUCCUCGUCAUGCAAAGGAAGCUCGGAACUGCAGGGCAGAAGCUGGGCGGCUCGGCGGCUCUCUGUCACAUCCGACACGACCCCACCGACCCGGGCGGCUGCUUCACCCUCACGGCUGCCAACGUGGGAAAGUGCCAGGCCAUCCUGUGCCGCGAUGGGAAGCCGCUGCCUCUGUCACUGCUGCACAACGUGGGGCUGGAGGAGGAGUAUCGCAGGAUCCGGCAGCACAGGGCGAUCAUCACCGAGGACAACAAGGUGAACGGAGUGACGGAUUCCACCCGGAUCAUGGGUUACUCCUUCCUCUACCCCUCCGUCAUUCCUUGUCCCUACGUGCAGACGGUCACCCUCACGCCUCAGGAUGAGUUCUUCAUUCUGGGCAGCCGUGGCCUGUGGGACACGGUUUCUCCCACCGAGGCGGUGGAGGCCGUCCGCAACGUCCCCGACGGCCUGGCGGCGGCGAAGAAGCUGUGCACGCUGGCGCAGGGCUACGGCUGCACCGACAGCCUGAGCGCCGUGGUGGUGCAGCUCAGCGUGAGCGAGGACUGCUGCUCCUGCUGCUGCUCGGAGCCUCCCCAGCCGCCCCCCAGCCCCGGCCUGGGCGCCUACCCUCCCUCGUCCUCCGGCAUGAAGGAGCGGCCGUCCGACGGCUCCCUGCCGGUGCCCCCGUCCUCCUGCAGCGAAAUCAGCAGCGAGAUCAGCACCAGCGAGAUGAGCAGCGAGGUGGGCUCCACCGCCUCGUCCGACGAGCCCCCGCAGAGCUCCCUGGUGCUGCUGCAGGAGCAGCCCCACCACCCCCACCUCAACCUGCACCACCAGGCCCACCUGCUGUCCCUGCAGAACCAGCAGUCCGGCGCCAGCGCCCAGCCCUGCCAGUACCUCUUCCCAAACUCCGAGCUCCCGUCGGCCCGCAGCUGCUGCGCCCUCCACCCCGCCUGCCUGGCCGGCUCCUUCCAGCGGCAGCUGUCCAGCGCCACCUUCUCCAGCGCGCUGUCCGACAACGGGCUGGACAGCGAGGACGAAGAGCCCAUCGCCGGCGUCUUCUCCAACGGGAGCCGCGUGGAAGUGGAAGCGGACGUCCACUGCCUGAAAGCAGAGCUCUCCUUGUCCCCGUCGCCUCAGGCUUCGGCGCCCGUAACGUCCGGUCCGGAGCGCGCGCAGCUCACGCUCCCUCCGCCUCCCCCGCCGCCGCCGUGCACCCCGGAGCCACUCGAGGACGGGCCGGACAUCAGCCAAGGGGAGGCCGAGAAUGGCCUGGAGAGAGACGAGCCGUGGCAGAGCGCGGGAGCGUCUCAGCUGGCGGGCAAGAGGAGGGUGAACGGCUCGGUGGCGCGCCAGGAAAAGAGCCACAACCUAAUUGAAGUGGCCGCCGACGCGCCCUCCAAGAAGCCCGGGGGUUACUUCACGGCGCCGGCACAGCCCGACCCGGACGACCAGUUCAUCAUCCCCCCGGAGCUGGAGGAGGAGGUGAAGGAAAUCAUGAAGCAGCAUCAGCAGAAACAGCAGAAGCCACCCGGGACGGAUCAGCCCACGGACUACUACGACACCCCUCUCUGAACGGCAGCAACUAACAGCCUCAUCUUCUCCACAUCAGCCUAACUGCCCUGGUCUCUUCCUCUUUUUCUGCCAUUUAUGGACACAAACACGUUUCUUUUCCUCAAAGAGGCUGUCAAGUGUCCCCAGAAAAGUUUCACCCAGCAUUUUCUAACAGCCACUUGUUUCGCUCCCGGCCUCCUCAUCGGAGAAACGUGCACUGUAACCCGCUCCACCCGUACACUAAAACAAGCAAACGAGCCCUUUAAUGAAAUUCAACCCGAGCCUGUGGACGCAGCUCUUCGUGCCCUUCUUAAAGACUGUGGAACUUUAUUUUUACAUUAGUCGACCAGCUGUAAUCAACACUAGUCUCUUUACAAUAGCAUUAGCUUUGCCACAACACUUGUUAAUAUGGAUAACAGCUCCAUGGUUUCUUUGUUUGUUUUGUAAGAACUUACCAUAUCUUUUAAUGUGAAAGCAGUGAAGUAUGCUGAAGGAUUUUUAAAAACAGAGACACAUAAUCUUUUUAUAUUAUCAGUGAACUAUGUUGAAUGGUACACCAAUAAUACCACACCUAACUGUUGUAGAUAGGGCACUUAAAAUACUGUAUUUCUUCAGUAAAUCAUGGCUCUUGGCCUGUAAAAUGGCAUAGAAAUUUUUUGUAGAAAUUUGCAAUACUAACUCCUAGGAGUUGCAUACUCUUGGUGACUCAGUCACUUUUACUAAUCUUCUCUGAGAGAAAUGGUGAUUUUUUUUUUCUCCAAUGAUUGUAAAUAAGAGAAAUGUUGUAUACUGAUGCUUUUAAAGGAACUGCAUACCUGUAUGUCGGUGAAGGUUUUUAGUGGCGGGGGAGGAACCGUUGUUUGCUAUUAUGGAGGUGUCACCCCUUCCCUCUUAUCUUGCAGUGUAGACACACACACACACACACACACACACACACACAUGCACUCAAACACACACAAAUGUAAAUGUGCAAUUGCAAGUCAGAAACCCUGACAUCCCAUGCAAUAUAACUGAACACUAAAGUUGCUAUGGUUUGCUCCACUUUGUCUGAUCGUGAUGUCCCGUAGCCAUCACUGUAUCUAUUGAACACAAAUAGACAGAUCCUUGCAUGCACACACACAAACACACGCAUACACACACACACAAACACACACACACACACACACACACACACAGGUAAUUUUAGUCCCACCUCCCUCCUACAGUAACUGUUAUCACCGGCAUGACUGUGUCAAGUUCAGUAAUACAAACGAAUAUAUCCACAUGGAAAAGAGACAACACAAAUGUUCCUGUCUUUGGUAUAAUAAAUUUUAAAUUUGUGAAUAUACA